GGAGUUGGCAAGUAGAGUGGGGAGUGAGUGGGGGCGAGUGGGUGAACUGAUGGCCGAGAGGGGGAGGAACCUUGGGCGAGCAGUGGAAUUGGUGUGAGUGGUGUGUAAUGUGGAGGCAGAGGACAUGGAGAAGGGAGUGGAAUACGCCCGAAAGGUGAUCAAAGUGGCAGAACAAGUGCUGAGAGUGCGUCCGUCCUGCGAGGACAAGAACCAACUGCUGUCGGCCAUUGACAAGCACGAAGUAAGAGGGGACAGUUCAUUGCAGACUUUCCUGGAGUGUUUGGCGGAAGAUGAGAAGAGAAUAGACCGACUGAAGGAGACCAUCGACACAAUAAUGAGUCGAGUCCACCCAAACGCAGUCCGCUUCGUCCGCUACGACUACACCAUCAGUUGUGCCAGUUGGGAACAGGUCGUCCAACCACCACAUUCCCAGAUUGUCAAGAAGGCACAACUGAGAACUGAGCACUUGAAUGGUCUCUUUCUCCGGGCCAAACAGGACGCCCUCCACGCUGACCAAACAUUGCAGUGGUUGACCGACGCCAGACAUUUCCUGGCUGACAAGAUGAGAUAUCCGUUGCCCGAGGACAUUACCAUGCUCACUCAACUCAUGCAAGACCACCAAGUCCAGUCAUUCUCUAUUUCAGGAAUUCGAGCACAGUCUGAGGGACAAAUACGACCAACUAUCCACUCCACAAUUAUCCCACCUGUGGAAGGCCCUCAACACCACCUCCGCCCAAUACUCACAAACUCUCCAACACUCCAUCGACCAUUCGAACAUGUCGACUUUGCCCGCUGGCGAACCAACUACUUGUCCUGGAUUAAGGCCAACAAACUCAGAAUAACCGACUUUUUCCGCAAAAACCAACAGGAAGGCCGCAUCACCAGGGAACGUUUUGUCACCGGACUCGUCAAGUGCAUUUCAAAGCUGCAAGAUUAUAUUGCAGAUAUCGACUAG